GAACUUGAGAGUAUUCGUUUUCUUUAUAACCCUGUCCAGGUCUUACUAGUACCUUAAAAAGGGUGAGGUUGGUCCAACCUAUCUACACUUGAAAUGUGUGUUCUUUGCACCGUAAAGCUACAAAAUUAUUUCAUUAGCCCUGUAAUUAUAAUGCUCAUGAAUGUACAUUGCAAAAGCCACAAUGCACUUACUCAGGUGACCGAUAAGGCCCAUUAGCCUCUUGUUAAAAUAGUAUGCAAUCAGGAUACCCUUAACAUGUUGAAGGUAAAAUAUGAGUGUAGUUCCGUUUCAAAAUUGCAGACCCGGGCAAUAGCAACGAAUUAAAAGUGCACGGAAUAGGAAAAAGAAAAUUUAUUGAUGCAAGAUCGAAGACUCUUAUCCUUGUUUAAUUGAAUUUAUCGCGGUGAAUAAAUUUUGUCAUUCAAACAAGCAUAGGUACAUGCACAGUCGUUCUGAGAAACAAAAAUGAUGCAUACUUUUAUGGAAAUUCCAGGUAUGUCAUUGAUUAGACAAACUCCACGUUGUUAUGUUUUACGUAUCUUGAAACUAUGGGUAAUUCUUUUGGGUAAGUUGUAUUUAAAUGAAAACGGAUUCAGACCAGCAGUCAAGAAAGAAGAAACGACGAAGGGCAUAAACUGCAGUUAAUCCUAAACAAAAUGUCGAAACUGACUUCAACCCUAACAGGAGUUUACAUUAUAUUUUGGUCCUGUCUUCGACUAGCGACAACGUCUUUAUAUUGUGGAAAUGACUUUUCGGAUAAAACAUUGCAUUGUCCCUCAGGAUACCACUGUUGCUCAACCAUGAGGCACACGUGUUGUCCUGACGGAACAUCUUGUUUGGGAGAAACUAGAUGCAUAACUCCUGGAGGAAUCGUUGGGAUAAUCUUCGGGUCCUUGUUUGGUCUAGCAGUUCUAUUGUCUUGUUUGAAAUGCUGUUGCAAUGCUUGCGAUCCAGAAAGUUCUUCCUCGGUCCAUCCAAACUGAAAAUUUGAAAAUAUACCAAAUUUAUACAUUUCAAUGGCGCGUAUAUGUAUAUUUAAAAGAUUUUAUUGUAUUGUAUGAUUUUUGCAAUGUAAUGUUUAUUGUUUGUGUCCUUUAUUUUCCAUUUGGUCUU